AUGUCAUCCCCCAACAUCGCACGUAUCGCCUCCCUCGCGUCAUGGACCAAGUUCUUCCAUCCUACCGAGGGAGUCUUCCGCCUCCCCUCGACCGCCGGCGCAUCCAUCGAGCACAUCGAUAUCGACCUUCGGUUCGUCCAGCACAACUCGGAGUCUAUGGAGGACUGCGGUGAGGUCUACCUCCCGGCCGUCCAUCGCGUGACCCUCCGCGGCGGCGAGUAUGUUCAGGACAGCGAGGAGCGGAUGGAGUGUCUCAGCGAGGUUCUCUGUGCGCUGAACCCUAUCGAGGUGCUCUGGCUGAAUGCGUUCGACCACCCCGCGGAGCAGCAGACACUCUCGACCGUGCUGGUCCACCCCGCCAUCAUCGCCGCUGGUGAUCUCUGGGCGUCCAAGGGCAAUCUGCGCAAGUUGGUCAUCCAAGGCGGCUUCCCUGUACCCAACCUGACCGCUCCGACACCCUACAACGUCACUCCGGCCGUCACCCCCGCCGCCUCGCCAGGCCCAAACCAGCGCUCUUUCUCCGGCACUACUGGCUUCCCACACACCGGGCUGCCCAGCCUGUCGCUCACCAAGCCCAAGCCGCUCGACAUGGCCAAGGUCAAGGAGCGGGAUGAGCGCAAGCGGCUCGCCGAGUAUAGCCUCACGCCGAGGUGGGAGUUUGCGUUUGGCACAUGGGGCGUCGGUGAGAUCAGGUGGAAGUUUGACGGCCGCUUCACCCCGGUCGCCAUCAAGACUAUCCUCACCAAUCUCUUCUCGGCGCUCGACGACACCUACCCCUCCACGUCGCACAAGGUCCACCGGGACAUGCCCUCCCUCCUCACCUUCUCCCCCGUCCCUAUGGCCCUCUUUGACGACCUCAAGUCUCUCUCUACCUCCGACUUUGACCGCCUGGCCGAGCACCUGGGGGACGUCGCUUUCGUAUCUACCGACUCGGCGCGCUUCGCCCGGCUCUUUGACGGCGAUGCGGAGCCCGAGGCGAGGUACCGCGCCGAGAAGCGUCUUCGGGCUGAGGCGAUGCUGCUCCGCAAUGGCCUCGCGCAGAUCGUGCACACCGACCAGCUCGCCCUCCCUUCGUCCGACAAAGAGGCGGACGGACUCGCCGCACCGGCCAACAAGCAGGUGCUCGAGACCAGCCCGUCUCAGAGCUUCAUGAGUCUCUCGAACGACGAGACGGAUACGGGGAGUGAUGACGACGAGGCGCAGACCCCGCCGAUGGAGAGCAGCAUCCACAUGCCGGGCGGGGGCAUGGAGGGGGGUAAGGCGGCGCAGGGGCUCGGGAUGGAGUUUGGCAAGAUGCACAUUGCGGGAGGAGGCGAGAGCGGGAGAGUCAGCAGGCGGAUGUCGGAGCAGGCGUUUUGA